GCAAAGUCGCUACUCGCUAGCAGCCUGCCGGCCAUGGGAGAACACUCCUCCUCCUCCUCCUCCUUCUCUACGGCCCUGGCCAUCGCCGGCCUCGCGCUGCUGGCGGUCUGCUCGUACUACCUGCUCGUCAGCCGCGGCCGGCGCGGCGGCAAUAAGCCGAAGCGGUACCCGCCCGUGGUCGGCACGAUGUUCCACCAGCUCUACCACGUCCGGCGGCUGCACGACUACCACACGGACCUGUUCCGCGAGCGCAAGACCUUUCAGCUGCUCGCGCCGGCCAGCCGGAGGCAGAUUUACACGUGCGAUCCCGCCGUGGUCGAGCACAUCCUCAGGACCAACUUCGCCAACUACGGCAAGGGAACGUUCGACUACGAGAACACGAGGGACCUGUUGGGCGAUGGCAUCUUCGCCGUGGACGGCGACAAGUGGAGGCAGCAGCGCAAGAUCGCCAGCUACGACUUCUCGACGAGGGCACUCCGCGACUUCAGCGGCGCCGUCUUCAAGAGGAACGCCGCCAAGCUUGCCGGCGUCGUCUCCAACAACGCGGCAUCGAAGCAGUCCAUGGACGUCCAGGGCCUUCUGCUGAAGGCGACGAUGGACUCCAUCUUCACCAUCGCCUUUGGCCUGGACCUCGACACGCUCGGCGGCUCGGGCGAGGGGAGCCGCUUCGCCGCGGCGUUCGACGACGCCAGCGAGUUCACGCUGCUCCGCUACGUCAACGCGUUCUGGAAGGUGAUGAGGUUCCUGAACGUCGGCUCCGAGGCGAUGCUCAAGGAGCGGGUCAAGGUCGUCGACGAGUUCGUGUACAAGCGCAUCCGUGCCAGGGCCCAGGAGCUCUCCUGCAACAAGCACGCACAGGACCCCGAUUCGAGGCAAGACAUCCUGUCCAGAUUCAUCGAAGCAGCUACCAACGAAUCCGGAACGGUGGACUACAAGUACCUGAGAGACAUCAUACUGAACAUAGUCAUCGCCGGUAAGGACACGACCGCGGGAGCGCUCGCUUGGUUCCUCUACAUGGCGUGCAAGCACCCGGAAGUCCAGGAGAAGAUUUGUCAGGAAGUCAGAGAGGCUACCAACGCCGGCGAGACCGCGUCCGUGGACGAGUUCGCGCAGAGCCUCACCGACGAGGCGCUGAACAAGAUGCACUACCUGCACGCCGCCCUCACGGAGACGCUCAGGCUGUACCCUUCGGUUCCUCUGGAUAACAAGCAGUGCUUCUCUGAUGAUGUUUUGCCUGACGGUUCCAGCGUCAGCAAGGGAGACAUCGUGUUCUACGUCCCGUACGCGAUGGGCCGGAUGGAGUACCUGUGGGGCAAAGACGCUGAGGUCUUCCGGCCCGAACGGUGGCUCGAUCAGAACGGCGAAUUUCAGCAGGAAAGCCCGUUCAAAUUCGCAGCUUUUCAGGCUGGUCCGAGGAUAUGCCUGGGGAAGGAGUUCGCGUACAGACAGAUGAAGAUCUUCGCCGCCGUGCUCCUCCGUUUCUUCGUGUUCCGUCUGCGCGACGGCGAGAAGGCGAGCGUCAACUACCGCACCAUGAUCACGCUCCACAUCGAGCAGGGCCUCCAUCUGACGGCGACGGCGAGAUGAGUGUGCCUGGGCACGUAGCAGCUGGGACCUGCACCUACGCGAGCGGCAGGUUCUAUGAUGCAACCUUCGUGUACGUCUGGUUUCUUAUAAAGCCUACCAUGGAAUGGAAUAAUUAAGGUCGUGUUUG